UCCAUUCCCACCAUUUAUCACUACCACCACCACCUCACUCCCCCCACUCCUCACUAGCUUCCUCUCCAAUGGAGCUCCACCUCGUCCUCGUCCUCGUCCUCCUCCUCGCCGCGGCGGCGCACCCAAUCGCCUUCGCCGACGCGGGAGCAGCCGGCAAUGCGACGACGACCACCUACAUCGUGUUCAUGGACCCGGCGCGCUUGCCGGCGGCGGGGCACGCGGCGCACCUCCAGUCGCUCGCCAUCGACCCGGACAGGCACCUGCUCUACUCCUACUCCGCCGCCGCGCACGGCUUCGCGGCGGCGCUGCUCCCGCACCACCUGCCGCUGCUCCGGGCCAGCCCCGGCGUGCUCCAGGUGGUGCCCGACGAGGUGUUCGACCUGCACACCACCCGCACCCCGGAGUUCUUGGGGCUGCUCUCCCCGGCGUACCAGCCUGCCAUCCAUGGCUUCGAGGCCGCCACGCAUGACGUGGUCAUUGGGGUUCUUGAUACUGGUGUUUGGCCCGAGUCGCCGAGCUUUGCCGGUGGCGACCUGCCGCCGCCUCCCGCGAGGUGGAAGGGGGUGUGUGAGGCGGGCGUCGAUUUCUCGCCGAGCGUGUGCGGGAGGAAGCUCGUCGGCGCGCGGAGCUUCUCGCGCGGGCUCCGUGCGGCGAACGGCGGUGGUGGUGGUGGUGCAAGGGGCGGCGUGGGGAGGAAGGGGUUCGUCUCGGCGCGGGAUAGGGAUGGGCACGGGACGCACACGGCGACGACGGCGGCGGGCGCGGUGGUGGCGAACGCGAGCUUGCUCGGGUAUGCCACUGGCACGGCGCGCGGGAUGGCGCCCGGGGCGCGCGUCGCCGCGUACAAGGUGUGCUGGCCGGAGGGGUGCCUCGGCUCCGACAUUCUCGCCGGCAUUGACGCUGCCGUGGCCGACGGGGUCGGCGUGCUCUCCCUGUCCCUCGGCGGCGGCUCGGCGCCGUACUUCCGGGACACCGUCGCGGUGGGUGCGUUCGGCGCCGCGGCGGCCGGCGUGUUCGUCGCGUGCUCGGCCGGCAACUCCGGCCCGUCGGGCGCCACGGUCGCGAACUCCGCGCCGUGGGUCGCCACCGUUGGCGCCGGCACGCUCGACCGCGACUUCCCAGCCUACGUCACGCUCCCCACCGGGGCGCGCCUCGCCGGCGUGUCCCUCUACGCUGGGCCCUCACCGUCUCCCCGCCCCGCCAUGCUCCCCCUCGUCUACGGCGGCGGCGGCGACAACGCCAGCAGGCUCUGCCUGCCCGGAACGCUCGACCCGGCCGCCGUGCGCGGUAAGAUCGUGCUCUGCGACCGCGGCGUUAACGCGCGCGUGGAGAAGGGCGCCGUCGUCAAGGCCGCGGGCGGCGCCGGGAUGGUGCUGGCCAACACCGCCGCCAGCGGGGAGGAGCUCGUGGCGGACAGCCACCUCCUCCCCGCCGUCGCGGUGGGGAAGCUCGCCGGCGACAAGAUACGCGAGUACGCCUCGCGCCGCGCCGCCGGCGGCGCCGGCGCGCCGAUGGCAAUUCUGAGCUUCGGCGGCACGGUUCUUGGCGUCCGGCCAUCUCCCGUCGUGGCGGCGUUCAGCUCGCGCGGCCCGAACACCGUCGUGCCGGAGAUCUUGAAGCCGGACAUGAUUGGCCCCGGGGUGAACAUCCUCGCCGGCUGGUCCGGCGUCGCCGGGCCGACGGGGCUCGUCAAAGACGGCCGCCGGACACACUUCAACAUCAUCUCCGGUACAUCGAUGUCGUGCCCUCACAUCAGUGGAGUUGCGGCACUCCUGAAGGCCGCACACCCCGAAUGGAGCCCUGCCGCGAUCAAGUCUGCUCUGAUGACCACUGCUUACACCGUCGACAACACAAACUCUUCUCUCCGAGAUGCUGCUGGAGGCUUGCUUGCAACCCCAUUCGCCUUCGGCGCAGGCCAUGUCGACCCGCAGAAGGCGCUAUCUCCAGGCCUUCUAUACGACAUCUCGACUAAGGACUAUGUUUCCUUCCUCUGCUCCCUGAACUACACCACACCACAUAUCCAAGUGAUCACUAAGAUGUCCAACAUCACCUGCCCAAGAAAAUUCCGGCCCGGCGACCUCAACUAUCCCUCGUUUUCGGUUGUGUUCAAGAAGAAAUCAAAGCAUGUUAUGAGGUUCAGAAGGGAGGUAACCAAUGUCGGCCCAGCAAUGUCUGUUUACAAUGUGAAGGUCAGUGGCCCUGCAUCAGUCAGUGUGAAGGUGACACCAGCAAAGCUUGUGUUCAACAAGGUAGGGCAGAAGCAGAGAUACUAUGUCAUAUUCGCGUCUACGGUUGACGCAAGCAAUGCGAAACCAGAUUUCGGUUGGAUAUCCUGGAUGAGCAGCCAGCAUGUUGUUCGGAGUCCGAUCGCGUAUACAUGGAAGAUCUGAGGGGUGAGGACAGUAAGUAAAUUAUAUUGGAGAUGUUGAAUUAUUCCCUGGAGCAGAUGAAAGAUAGAUAGCUUGAUGAUGUAGUUUGCUGAUUGCUUCACAAAGAGAAUCGGCGUGAAGCUCUCUCUACUGCAAACCUGGAGUUCUUUCUUCGCAGUGUCGGUUACUCGCCGAACUUCUUUUUCCCCCCUUGUAGUUGUCAGUGCGGUUGCCCGUCAAGAAACUUAUGUGCUAUUAACAUGUGAGAUUUCCUUUUCUUUUUCUUUCUCUAGUUUCAUGUUCUCAGACAUGAAAUAACCCUGAAAUGAAUCGGUUGUUUUAUGGCAAUGAUCAGCUCACAUCAGCUAUUGUUUUAUCAAUGUUCUGAUUCUGAUCCUCCUGAGUUAACUGAAGAAUUGAAAUGGCUGUUUCAUUGGCAA